AUAGGAAAGCUAUGUCGUUUUAAGUUGAUCAUGGACCAUGCAUGGUCCCAUAACAUCAAAUAAUGUAGUACAAAACUGACCUUAGAAUUAGUUUCAGAUAAGGAGAGUAGGAUAGAGCUUAAGUUUUAGAAAAUGGCAACAUUAAACUUGAAUUUCCAGUCAUUAGCCCUGAAACUUGACAAAAAACACACUAACAGCUUCAGUUUACGAAUAAAUGCAUCCAUAGGAGGUGGAAAAUCCGGAAAGCAACUGAUAGAGUCAGGGAUCGUUAGAGCGAUCCCUCCGAAAGAAGCUGCCAUUGCCUUGAAAUCUGAUGGGUUGAAGCUUUUGGAUGUGAGGCCUGAGUGGGAAAGAGAGAAAGCGCGAGUGUCUGGUUCACUGCAUGUUCCGCUCUUUAUCAAGGACACGGACAACUCCCUUAUUACCUUACUCAAGAAAUGGGUUCAUUUGGGGUACAUUGGCUUAUGGACUGGCCAGAAGUUCACUACCAUCAAUUCGGAGUUUGUGUCACAGGUUCAACGGAUUGUUCCUGACAAGGAUGCCAUGCUCCUUGUUGCCUGUGGUGAGGGGCUAAGGUCUAUAGUGGCGGUUUCAAAGCUGCAUGAAGUGGGAUACAAGAACUUGGGAUGGUUGGCUGGAGGAUUUACUCGAGCUAAGGAUGGUGAUUUUCUAGUUGAAGGAGAUGAGAAGUUGCAAUACGCCACCAUUGGCGGUGUAUCAUACUAUUUUCUUAAACUGCUUACUCUAUUACAAGCAGCUGACACUGCUAAUUGAGUUAUUAAUGAGUUCAAUAUUGUCCUGAUUUA